GUGUUUUUUCUACACAGUUGCACCUUCGACAAGGCGUCGAAACGAAAACGAAAACAAGCAGAUAUGCGUUCAGAACCGAAGCAAACUACUAAAGGUAAAGACUCUGGUAACAGUUCACCUGUGUCAGGUGAGGAGUGGCAGGUCGUCUUCUUCUGUUCUGCAAAACAACUGUAUGAAGUGUGUAUGAGCUGACGUGGAUCUGAAUCCAGCAACAUGAAUCAGUGUGAGGAUAGAGGGAAGGGAGCCCCUCCUUAUAAAAACAAACAAAAGAGGAAGAUCAAAAAAAAAUCUCGGAGGUCCCAUCAGAGACAAGAAUCUGUUGAGCCUGAUCCUGGACCUGAACCAAGCCUGGUGUCCAUUAAGAGCAACCUGUCAAGGGAUGCUAUUAUUGAUUUUAAGGACCAACCUGUAUCAGAGCCAAAAGUGGACCUGCAGAGCUCAGAGGUUCCCAGUGAUCAGUCUGUCCAGCAGCACCAAACACACCUGGACUCCAUAUUUAUGCUACUGGAGGAAAACAUUGUCACGUUUGUGAAGAAGGAACUGAAGAAGAUCCAGAAGGUUCUGAGUCCAGAUUACCCAGAAUGCUUAGAGAGUCAGAGGGAGGAUGAGGAGGAGUUAGAUGGUGAGGAUGAAGAGCAGAGGAGGAGCAGCAGAGACGCAUUUCUGAAGAUCACACUGAACUUCCUGAGGAGGAUGAAGCAGGAGGAGCUGGCUGACUGUCUGCAGAACGGAACCUCUGCUGCAGUUUGCCAGCAUCAACUUAAAUCUCAGCUGAAGCAGAAGUUCCAGUGUGUCUUUGAAGGCAUCUCUAAAGCCGGAACCCCAACUCUUCUGAACCAGGUCUACACAGAGCUCUACAUCACAGAAGGAGGAACUGGAGAGGUCAACGAUGAACAUGAGGUCAGACCGAUCGAAACAGCCUCCAGGAAACCAGUCAGACCAGAAACAACCAUCAGACCAGAAGACAUCUUUAAAGGCUCAGCAGAAAGAGAUGGAGCCAUCAGAACAGUGAUGACAAAGGGAGUGGCUGGCAUUGGGAAAACAGUCCUAACACAGAAGUUCACUCUGGACUGGGCUGAAGACAAAACCAACCAGGACAUACACUUCACAUUUCCAUUCACCUUCAGAGAGCUGAAUGUGCUGAAAGAGCAAAAGUUCAGCUUGGUGGAACUUGUUCAUCACUUCUUCACUGAAACCAAAGCAGCAGGAAUCUGCAGGUUUGAUCAGUUCCAAGUUGUUUUCAUCUUGGACGGUCUGGAUGAGUGUCGAUUUCCUCUGGACUUCAACAAGACUAAAACCCUGACUGAUGUCACAGAGUCCACCUCAGUGGAUGUGCUGCUGACAAACCUGAUCAGGAGGAACCUGCUUCCCUCUGCUCGCCUCUGGAUCACCACACGACCUGCAGCAGCCAAUCAGAUCCCUCCUGGCUGUGUUGACAUGGUGACAGAUGUCAGAGGGUUCACUGACCCACAGAAGGACGAGUACUUCAGGAAGAGGUUCACAGAUGAGCAGCAGGCCACAACCAUCAUCUCCCACAUCAAGACGUCACCAAGCCUCCACAUCAUGUGCCACAUCCCAGUCUUUUGCUGGAUCACUGCUACGGUUCUGGAGGAUGUGCUGAAAACCAGAGAGGGAGGAGAGCUGCCCAAGACCCUGACUGAGAUGUACAUCCACUUCCUGGUGGUUCAGACCAAAGUGAAGAACAUCAAGUAUGAUGGAGGAGCUGAGACAGAUCCACACUGGAGUCCAGAGAACAGGAAGAUGAUUGAGUCACUGGGAAAACUGGCUUUUAAGCAGCUGCAGAAAGGAAACCUGAUCUUCUAUGAAUCAGACCUGACAGAGUGUGGCAUCGAUAUCACAGCAGCCUCAGUUUACUCAGGAGUGUUCACACAGAUCUUUAUAGAGCAGAGAGGACUGUACCAGGACAAGGUGUUCUGCUUCGUCCAUCUGAGUGUUCAGGAGUUUCUAGCUGCUCUUCAUGUCCAUCUGACCUUCAUCAACUCCGGAGUCAAUGUGCUGUCAGAACAACAAUCAAUAGUCCAGACGUCUGAAACAAGAAUAGAAAAAUAUACAGAGACACAGUUCUACAAUGAUGCUGUGGACGAGGCCUUACAGAGUCCAAAUGGACACCUGGACUUGUUCCUUCGUUUCCUCCUGGGUUUUUCACUGCAGACUAAUCAGACUCUCCUACAAGGUCUGAUGACACAGACAAGAUGUGACUCAAAGACCAAUCCGGAAACAGUUCAGUACAUCAAAAAGAAGAUCAAAGAGUCACCAUCUGCUGAGAAAAGCAUCAACCUGUUCCACUGUCUGAAUGAACUGAAUGACUGUUCUCUAGUGGAGCAGAUCCAACAGUAUCUGGAGCCAGGAGGUCUAACUACAUUUAAACUCUCUGCUGUUCAGUGGUCAGCUCUGGUCUUCAUGUUGGUGUCAUCAGGAGAAGAACUGGACGUGUUUGAUCCAGUAAAGUACUCUUCAAGCUUUUCAGAGAAGGAUCUUCUGUUUGUACUGGGAGUGGUCAGAGUCUCCAAAAAAGUUCUACUGAAAAGGUGUGGCCUAUCAGAGAGAAGCUGUGAAGCUCUGUCCUCAGUUCUCAGCUCUCAGUCCUCUAGUCUGAGAGAACUGGACCUGAGUAACAACGACCUGCAGGAUUCAGGAGUGAAGUUAUUGUCUGAUGGACUGAAGAGUCCUCACUGUCAGCUGGAGACUCUCAGGCUGUCAGGUUGUCUGGUCACAGAGGAAGGCUGUGCUUCUCUGGUCUCAGCUCUGAGCUCCAACCCCUCCCAUCUGAGAGAGCUGGACCUGAGCUACAAUCAUCCAGGAGACUUAGGAGAGAAGCUGCUGUUUGCUGGACUGGAGGAUCCACACUGGAGACUGGACACUCUCAGGGUGAAGCCUGGUGGAGUCCGAUGGUUGACACCAGGCCUGAGGAAGUAUUUCUGUCAACUCACAAUCGACACAAACACAGUGAACAGAGAACUACAACUGUUUGACAACAACAGGAAGAUGAUACGUGUGAAGGAGGAUCGGCCAUAUCCAGAUCAUCCAGACAGAUUUGACUGGUCACGGAUUCAGCUGCUGUGUAGUAAUGGUCUGACUGGUCGCUGUUACUGGGAAGUUGAGUGGAGAGGAAGGGUUUAUAUAUCAGUGAGUUACAAAGGAAUCAAAAGGAGAGGAAACGCUAAAGACUGUUGGUUUGGGCACAACAAUCAGUCCUGGAGUCUUUUCUGCUCCAGUGAUUUUUACUCUGUUUGGCACAAUAACAUAGAAACACCCAUCCCCUCCUCCUUUGUGUCUAACAGAGUAGCAGUGUAUGUGGACUGUCCUGCUGGUUCUCUGUCUUUCUACAGAGUCUCCUCUGACAAACUGAUCCACCUUCACACCUUCAGCACCAGAUUCACUGAACCCCUUUAUCCUGGGUUUGGGUUUUGGUCUCCUGGUUCCUCAGUGUCUCUGGGUGCUGUCUAGUAGUGAGAGUGUGAUGUUGCCAGAAAAACUUUGUCAAUGUUGAACAUAGUUUAGUUUGUUCAUGUCUGUCUCAUUUUCAGAUUUAUGUAAUACUGUAAGUUAGUUUCUUUCUGAGACAGUUCUGUAACAACCCAGCCCUCCAGCCCUUGGAGGCACUGGGGUCUGUUUUCGUCUGGUGUUUGCUUGGGUGUAUCUAAUUUUUACUGUUGUGUCUUUGUACUAGUGUGUAAGUUACCCACUUGAAGUGUGCAGCGUCUUUUGUUUUUGAAUAUUCAGAAUUUAGUCAUUUAAUUUUACCAAAUCUAUUUGUGAUUGUUUCAUUGUUUUCAGAAUUUUGUCCUUAUUUUGCAGUGAUUUUUUUUGCAGUGGUUCUAUUGCUUUACAUUGUUCUGUUUGGUACCCACUGUCUGCAUUGUCUGUAUUAUGUGUCUUGUUUUUAAUUGAAAUCCUUGUAUUGCAUGUUGUGUCCUCUUUCAGUCCUCUAAAAAUGGAGGCUCUGAUUAUUCUAGACUGAAAUGUUGAUGACUUGUUGUAAAGUCGUUUCCAGUGAAUACCAGGAUGUUUUUCUCUCUCUGAAGCUCAGUUCAACACAAGGGACAAACUGUGAUAUCAGAGAAGAAUCACUGGGCGAAUUAGUGAGAAGCUUCCAGAUGUUCAGAGAUGAUUGUUGAAUUUAAUGUUUUGAUCAAUUGCUCAUUUCCUACUAAUUUUUAUUAUUAGUUUUGUGGUAAAGGAGAUGUGUCCCUUUGUGCUGUGCCUUCAGGUUGUUCUUUUUUUCUCCUCUUCUGGUACUUAAAGGUCCAGUGGUUUUCUUUUUUUUGUACACCCUGGUGUUUCCAUUUAUUAGUAAACACUAAGUAUUACUUGA